AUGGCCAAUUAUCAACUGUAUCGUAAUACAACAUUAGGUGUGACAUUGCAAGAAACAUUAGAAGACAUGAUUACGCAAGGUCAAUUGACUGAACAAGCAGCUGGCAAAGUUCUCAGUGAAUUUGACCGAUCUAUUAAUGCAGUACUUGACAAGCGAAUUACCAAAAAAGUUCAAUUCACGGGAAAAUUAAGCACCUAUCGUUUUUGUGACAAUGUUUGGACACUGGUACUGAACGAGUUCUCUGUCAGAGAGGGUAAUCAAGCUCAACAACAUAACACAGCAUCAUCGAAUAUACCCCGUGUCGACAAAGUGAAGAUUGUUGCAUGCGAUGGAAAAAGUGCCGCCCAAUCUUGA